AUUCACAAUAGAAUCCCGCCUUGCUUCCGUUUCGUCUAUGAUUUACCCCUACAGUCAUGAGGCUUCCAUUUUAAUCGAAACAACGAACAGUCCGUUUCAAUACGAAUAGAAUUUAGUUUCUACGAAAUGUCAUCAAGCAAAUGACAGUAAACGAGACGCAGAACGAAAUUUUUAUUCAAGCGUAUCUCAACACUUGUCAACACUACUGUUUCUCAAUACCUUCAGCGUAAUGUUACGCUUCUGUCCGAUCCCCAUUUUACCCGUCACAAACAUGUAAAUAAUUCCGAAAAAAAUUCCAGAAUAAUAAUAAUAACAACAAACGGAUAAUAUUUAAUCAUUUACCAGAUAAUUAUUUAAAUAAAAAUCCCUACAAAUUCAAACGAAUCCCGACAAAAGUAACAACGCUACGGAACAGUUCGCAACUGCGCCACCAUGAUCUAACCUUGCGACGAAAAAUAAAAUCCUACCGCUGACAUUUCGUCCCGACCGGUACCCGAACUGCAAAAAGCACUCGUGCGAAAGAUUUAUGAUCCCGUCGUGCAUAGAACCACCUCGAAGAAGGAAUCUUCGAAAAAGAACGCCGCUCGCCGCGGCCUCGGAACGUGACGCGAGAAUCGUUAGAGGAAAAGCGCGCGCGAAGCGGGAAGUGUUCUCUGCGGCCCCGAAGCGACGACGCCGCGUACUAAAUGGUGUAUAUUAUUGAUCAAUAAGAGAGGCUAACAUGGAUGACCCGUGCCGGCAGAGGCGGCCGUUACUUCCUUCGUAUUUUCACGCCACGCGUCUCGAUCGCGAGUACCCGAUUCCCGGAACCGUGUGCGACCGCGAUUUCGGUGUUCUCUUCGUCGUGCCCGAGCGGAACGUGCGAGCGUAUUCGAGGUACCGGCCGUAUGUGAAACGCGCGACGGUCUCGUACGUCCGUGGAAAUACGGGAAACGAGGGAGACAGAGGGAGUAACGCAGAAGAGUAACGGCUGGACACCGACAAGAGCACGAGAUAGGCCGCGGGUGAAAAAGGGUGAGAGAGUGGGAGAGACAGCUCUCUAGAGGGAAAGAGAGAAAGAGAGAGAGAGAGAGAGAUUGAGAAAGGAAGAGAGAGCUGUCGGGGAAGUAGAAAGGGAAAGAUAGCGGCGCGAGGGACGACAGAGACAGAGGCAAGGGAGAAAGACAAGUGUGAGCGACAUGUGCCUGUGUUGAGAGAAUUCUGUCCACGAUAGUGCGGCGGCCGAGGGUGCGCCGAGAGAGAAGAUCGGUAAUAAUUUCUCUCCUGUGUUCCGAUACUCUCUCGUCGCCUACACGGAACUAUCGAUGCAGACCUUACGGAAGAAAAACAGUCCGUGCAAGUUCAAGAACGAACGAACCCGAUUUCUUGGGGACGGUGUGUCGUUCAAGGCAAAGCUGAUUGGUAUAUUGGAAGUAUCGGAAGCACGCGGGGACCGGAUGUGCCAAGCAGCUUUGGCGGAUCUGAAGAUGGCGAUUCGUGCGGCCGGCGAACACAAACAACGAAUCUCCGUUCAGGUCAGCAUCGAUGGGCUACGCUUACGGGACGAGAAGUCGGGGGACUGCCUCUAUCACCAUCCUGUACAUAAGAUAUCGUUCAUCGCUCAGGACAUGAGCGACUCGAGGGCGUUCGGAUAUAUUUUUGGGUCACCGGACACUGGGCAUCGUUUCUUUGGCAUCAAGACGGACAAAGCAGCGAACCAAGUGGUGAUCGCGAUGAGAGAUUUGUUCCAAGUAGUUUACGAAUUAAAGAAGAAGGAGGUCGAGUUAACGCAGCAGCACUUGGAACAGAAUGCCAUAAGCGUUAUCCACUAUCAUACCAGCGGAAUCUUCGUCGAGCCAACUCCGGAUACAAAAGGUGCAGCGGGCAGCGAAACUACCCUUCAUCGAGUGAAGAAUACGAAUUCGGAGUUGGACAAACAAUCCGACAGACGGAACGAGUCGCAAAGCGGCGUAAUAGCUGACUUACUGGAUCUACAGUUUGAAUUAAAUUCCCUACAGCAGGGAAUCCAUCACAUGGAUAAGAUUACUCCCGAAAAUCAGCCAGCGUCCUCCGAGAAUCUCUUCGAGUCUGACCCCUUUGGUGAUUCGUUCGCGAACAUGAAAUUGGAAGAUACCGUGCGACCAAUUUUGCCACCACCGCCAUCAGGUUCCAAAAGGGGCCAUUUAGAGCGACAGCAAACGGUUUCUGGUUCCCAGUCGUCAGUCACGUCCAGCCCAGCAGCAACGGGUACCAGUAAGACACCACCGUUCCAAAGUUCGAUACAGUGGUUCGAUAAGGAAACCGAGAAUUUAUUCAGUGACAACGAACCUUCGAAUUCCACGAAGACUCCAUCACUUAAGAAGGAUUUGGAUGAGUCCCAGGCUAAAAGUCCCCAAAUAGACGUCUUCACAGAGUUAGAUCCCCUAGGAACCGGUUUGAUAAAACCGUAUGUGGAUAAGAAGGACUUCUUCCAGCACCUGAAAAAUCCUCCGAAGAAGGUUCUGAAGGACCUCGUACCAACCAGUUCUCCGGACACGUUCCAUGCCAACUUCGAUCCCGUCUCGGACACCACGGAGACUGUGCAUCAGGUACGAAACGACUUGACAUCGAAGGACAGUCAGUUCGACGACAGUAACUUUGCGAACUUCGAUCGUUUCGACGAGAACGAGGCGGUGCAACCGGUCUGUACGCGUUCCGAUUCUUCACGACGAACGGAAACCCCUGGGAAGCAGGCACAUCAUCAGCCAUUAGCAGUCGCGUUGCCACCUGAGGAUACUCCCCCUUCCAAACCACCAGCGGUAUCAGCUGUAUCCGCCGCUGGAACUGCUUCAUUGCUCAGCAGAAUGGAGAAAGACUCCACCGAGUCUAUGCACGGUUUAGUUCAACUACCGAGUCCCAUAAAAACAGCGCGCAGAAAAGAGUUUGACAUCGACUUGCCUAGCAGUAAAGCACAGCCCAUCGAGAAGCCAUUCCCGGUUGAUUUUUCGGCGACCAGUGAAUCACCCGCGUCUCCUUUGAAGUCAUGUUCUUCUGACGCGAACUCUCGACUGUCCAGCUCUUCUGCGGAACUGGAACUCGUACCUGAACCUCCGCCACGAGGUGCCGCUAACAUUCUGAUUAAUCCACCACCGCUGCCACCGAAGAAGCAAGGUGUUAGGGGCGCGAUGAAACCUCCACCUAGGCCACCGCACACUGAAGGUUACUUCCACUAUGAUUUCCCUGAACGAGAACAGCCUGCCCCGGUAAUAGCCAGUGAAAGGAGCAAGAGUCCAUCGAAGGAUGUGAAGGGACACUUCGACGACAACUUCACUCCUCCUGUUCAACUGUCCAGCAAAUCGGAUCUGAUUAGCUCGAUAACCACGUCAACGUUCGAGGAUUCGUUUAGCUCUAUGGUACCUACUACUAACUUGUCUACGUUUUUCACAUCCACAAAUACGUCCGCCAGCACGAAGAAAACGAAAUCCUCGUUAGACAUCACUUUAAGCCAAUUAACGUCGUCUAAUUUGAACGAGUUGGCUAGCAGUCUUGGCAUGACCGUUCAAGAGUUAACUAGCCUGACUCUUCAGCAACUUACCGAGUGUCUGGCUGUGUUAUCAGCCAAGGAAGCUCCUGCGAGCGACAGCGGAGAUGUCACUCCUGUCACAGAGGAACCGGUGACCACCACAAGACCGCAGCUUGCUCCAAGCGUUAGUCAAUCUAAGCCCUACACGGAGUCUCAGGCAUUCGUCAAGGUUACCGAAUCGGACUCCAGUUAUGACUCCACCUACGACAAAUACGCGGUGUUCAGAGAGUUACUAGAACUGGAACAGAUAGAACGAAACGAGGAAAAUGCAAUGCAAGAGGAAAGCAAACAAGAGUCGCUGACAUCAUUAGUGAACUUGACAGUGAAGCUACCGCCGAGCAACGAGGAUUUAGCAAAAGAUGAAUCGACCGACGUGAAAGUCGAAGAAAACGAAUCUUCCUCCAGCUUAGCAAGCGAGAAAGCGCAUUCUGUAGAAGCCGAAGGCAAAGUUAGGACUUCAAUUACCGAGACAGAGACUGUGGCAGAUUUUCUAACGAAACAGGCCACCAUCGAGGUUGAAGAGGAGUUGGACAGAAGGAACUCUUUUACGGAAAUGGAGGAACAUGAAAAGACUAGCGAGGCCAACGAAGACUCCGACAAACCUAUCGAAAGCAAUGCAGAAGAGAACGGUUCGCUGGCGGCAGAAAAAACGGAAGUAAAAUCCUCAGUGUCGACGUCCAGUGAUAGGUACGCCGCGCUACGCGAGAUUAUAGGAGAGCCGGAACCGUUGCCCAAGCAGACAGAAGAGGAAGGAUCUACGUCCAGCCGUGUCUCCCCUGUAAUCGAUCCUUUGAGUCAGUCGAAGGGCAUAGCCGAAGUAGAACUACUAAAUCUAUUUUCCGACACGCCGCCUUCGUCGUCCAGUCCCAAAAAGCAAACAAAGAAAGAGGAAGACGCGAAGCCGAUGGGCAUGGACAUCUUCGAGGAGAUCAAGAUGCUUAGCACCAGCACGCCAGCAGCGAAGAGUACAAGUACCCUGAACACGGAGGACAUAUUCUGCCCGUUUACCGAGUUGAAACAGGAACAGGAGGAAAGCAAGGACGACGGGAACUGGGCUAAGUUCGAUACUAGUUUAUUCGCCGCUGACAGGCCACCGUGCGAGGGUUCUCAACCGGCGACUAGCACGUCACCGUGGUCCCCUGAUGGCAAAGAAUUCCACAAGGACUCUUCGUUCAAGGGUAUGUAUCGACAAUCUGGCGACAGCGACAACGAAUGGAAAGACGAGGAAGAAAGCGAAGAGAGCAACGGGAAGUCUCGAGGCGACUGGAGAUUCUGGUGCGGCCACCCUCCGCGGUUCAACGUUCCUGGGUUCGGCGAGAGACCGUUCUACGACGAGUCCGGGCCUACACCCGGCAGCAGGAGAGAUAGAAGCUUCCGCGACAGGAUGGUGAAGAAAUCUCGCGACGCUGCGUGGCUGAAGAAUGCCAGUCACAGGUCGCGAGAUCCUUCGUCUUGGCACGACGAGGGACAAUGGGAAGAAGAAUUAAGGCGUUACCCUCAUCGGAAGAUGCCGUACAAGGACGAUGAUGAUCAGUACGAGGCUCACUGGAAAUGCAGAUCGCAACUGCAACGGUGGAACUGGUCACACGAACCGUUUUACGACGAGGAGCGGAAGAGGAAGCUGGCGUUGUGGAAUGAGGAUGACAGGUUCGGCAGCCAGGAGAACAUGGGUUACCACGAGGAAGACAGGUGGUACAGAAGAAAGUGCGAGAGAAGAAGAUGGGAAGAGGACGCCAGGUUCUGGAACAGAAGGGCGGCGGGUCCACCGGAUUCCGAUUACCCGACGAGAGAGAGUUACUACUACUAUCGAGAAGGCAGGGAGAGACCUCACGAUUAUCAGGACACAUGGGACGAAGAAUACGGUUCCGAUCGACCUGGAGACGACUCGCCCAGAUACAAUCCGUCUGGCAGGAAAAGACACUGGCCGAAGAGACCUAACAGCGCCAACGAGGGUCGCAACGCCGAUAUGGUGUAUGCGGAAUCCCGCAGCAAGUUCGGCACCUCGAGAUCCGAGUGUAGCGACAACGAUUCUGAUCCUUAUUUGCGUCCAUCCCAACGUUCAAGGAGUCGCGAGAGCUACUGGGGCAGCGACCAAGAGUACGACAGCUGGGCGGAGAGGCCGUACUGGUCCGAGGGGCCCGAGACGAAGAGCGACAGCCUCCAUUGGAAGAGAAUAUCCAGGCAUAAAGCCCGGCAACCGCAUUCCAAGACACAGAGCCCGUUUGAGGACGAUUUCGCGCAGAGCGUGGAACAAGUCGACCCGUCCGCCGUUGAAUCAUUAGCAGCGGUUGAACCGCGGAUCCGUUCGGAUAUCAACGAGCAGAAACCACCAUUAUCUAGUCCAUCCUCCAGUAAGAGGUACGUGAAAGGGGAUCUAUCCAGAAAGGAGGUCCAGAGAGACUACAGCAAGAGGUCCAGCUUCUUCGAGGACGACCUCACGCCCACGGCAAGCGCGUCCAGCGACGCGUCCGACCGACAGAGGCUACCCUCUGAUUUGAAGGCCACCCCUGAAGAGCUACCCUGCGACGGCAAAGACACUCACCAGGUGGCGGACGGUUUCGUGUCGGAGGACAGCGGCCGCGACUCGUUUUUUAACGGGGAUCUAAGAUACGACGACGACACGUUCGCGUUUAAGUCUGAAUUAGAGGAUAGUGUACCCGAUCAUCGGGCCACCACGCUACCCCUGAAGAAUCACAGCCGGCAGGGGAAGUACAGUGCAGGUAAUAACAAUAACAAUAACAACAAGUCCCGGAGUGAUCAGUACAUCAGGAAGUCCGAGUCGGUGAACAUAUUCGUUAGGGAGAACGAUCCGUUCGACGACGAUGACUUCUUCAAUUGAUGUGUCGCAGUACUCGGGGCGAUCGGAUCUGCACGAUGCUGGACAUUGCGACAUCUGUCGGCUAGGACGCGUUCAUUUGGAUAGAUCCGUUGAUCACGUUUCCGUUUCGACCGAGUGGCGUUGAUGUUAGACCCUCUAUAAAAUGGAGGCUGUUUGCUCAGGGACGUUCGGAAUUCGACGAUUUCUUACUGAAUUGUUCAAUUGACAGGGAGAUUUCGUCGAUAGACUGCGUACUUUCUGUGUGCGGUUCGUAAAGAUCUUUUUAAAGGGAAUGAGGUAGAUUUUUAUGGAAAAUUUUUUGAAAAUUCGAAGCACAAGUUCGUUCUUUUUUACAUCGUUUUUGACUUACUGCAGAUAUGGAUGCAGCAAGUGAAAUUCUCCUUCGUCGCGAUCUUCAAUUAGGAAAUAGGUAAUUUGCAUGAAAAUCUGCAGUCUACUUAACGUCCCUGGCGGAUGUUCAAUUGGCCACUGGAAACUAUUGAAACAAUACCCCCAUCGUUAACAUUAAUUUUCAAAGCUUAAGAGUGUCUCAGAGAAUAUUAUGUAAAUAGCUGCUUUUGUCAGGGAUUUUUUUCUGUCUGCUUCACAGAGAAACAAGCCUACUUGCGUUGCUCGUGUAAGACAGGAGACCACAGAGGAUAACGUCUACACUAUAUAAUAUUUUCACGAUUCGAAUGAUUUCUAUCGAAGUUAGAAUCCAAUGAACUAAUAUCUCUAGUCGCAUAAUAUUACCUGAGAGAUUCUGGUACAAAGGCAUUUAACGAAAGAGAAGACUAUAUUAUACGAUUAAAUUGCGAAGGAAAUGAUCUUCAGGUCGCAACUGGAUUUUCGAUUGUUUCAUCAACUGUUCUCGGUUGAAUUCCGCUGGGAAUCGAAUCGUAGAGUUUCUAUACCCAGAACACACGCGUUGCGCUGCGAAGUCGAAGGUGAAUUCCGACGAAAACGUCCGGAUGAAAUUUCGGCGAGACUUUCCUGGGUGAUUUACGAUUCUAUCCAAUUCUCAGAUGCUAAUGGGAUUCACGUUAGAGUCCAAGGGAGAUCAUUGUUCAGGAUAUCGGCCGGAAUGGACAUGGAAGCUAGUCAUUGUUUUAAUAAAUUUGUACAUAAUGUUAUAUCGGUGUUAACGUGAAAUUAAUUCGGCGACGGGAAGCCUGUAUAUGUGUGUGCAGUUUAUACGACGCUUGAUUAACCAGUAACACGUCAGUUACUUUUGAAUUCGUCUCGAUUCCAUCGAGCUAUAGUUGUCGUGACCGUUUUCCUUUUUGUUCCUUUCGUUUCCUCGUAUGAUACGUUGAUGCUAGUCACACCGAGGGGAGUUUUAGGGGUAUUCGAAGUCAGGUUCGGUUGUUUGAGUGUUGCCGAUGAAAGUGUCCCGAGAUUUUUUGCGUGCGAAUAACGAUCUUUUAUAGUCAGCUCUAUCGAGGGGAAUCUUGGAAGCAGAUUUUUAUCGUGACGACGUUUUAGCGCCCAUUUUCCGGGCAGAGUUUGUAAUUAUUCGAUAGAACAAAGCGUUUCGAUGUGAAAUUGUAUUAUUAUAUUUAGUAGGAGGCCAGUACUUCUUUCGAAGAGCCUUCGGUGACCAAACCUUUUCUGCUACGUUUACAGCAGGUCCAAAACGAUCUUCUCAAUCGCAGAUGUUUCCCGUAGUCUCUAUAAUUUCAGCUCUAUCGGUUAGCGAACGAGACAAUUGACAAGGAAAGGAAUUCUUCGUACGCGUCGUUAUAGGUCUUUAAUACUUUCAAUUACGAAGACUCGGAUCGGGGAAGCCUGAACGAUCUCAUUUUGAUAGGCAUUGCCUGAAACGACAGGGAAUCAAAAUGUGACUUUUAUACACUUCUGACUGAGACGAUCUUGAUUCGUGUUAAUCCAAGAAUUACCGAAUACGGCGUAGAUAAAAUUAUGGAUUACUUUUCGGACCUUUCUCGUUGAAUAGGAAAAGAAGACGUGAGAAUGAGAGUAAGAGUGCGAAAGAAAGAAAGAAAGAGAGAAAAAGAGAGAGAGAGAGACUUAAUUGGUCUAGUCUAUAAUGUUUAUUUAUCCAUUGGAAAAUGGAAUUAAGCUGCGACACAGUUUGUUUUAUAUUAUUUAUGUUCGUCGGCAACAUAUCGUUGCGUUUGAUUUUAGCUCGUAUUUACUGUAGCCAUGCGCACCGGCGUCUUGCGGCGAUUGUACUUAACGAAUGAUUUCCUAUGAUUCAAAUAGCAAACUAUAAUUAUGUUAUCAACUAGUCAGAAUUGUACUGACAAUAAUACACAGUCCGAAUACAAGUACGAUUACCUACUGCGGCGAGAUGGAUUUCUGUUUAAUCACUUAUGAGCUGGAACUUGUACCACCUGCGAGCGAUCUAAUUAGAACAUUUCAAUUUCUUCGUAUUCGUUUCACCGUUCCGUUCGAAGCCAAUCGAUUGAAACCGACGGGAUUUCGGAUCAACGCGACGCAUAAGAAAUCAACUGUGAUCGUUGUAGAAAUGUUCGAGAAGCUUCGUUAAUGUAUCCGCAGCGCCAUAGUUAAUUAUAUUAAAAAAAAAACAAACAAACAAACGAAUGUUUCACUCGUGCACGAGUUCACGAGAUAGCUUUUAUUCUUUAGACCAUCAUUGUAGAGACGCGAUUCGGUGAGUCAUGGAAAUUACUUUUGCCAGUCACACUUUUCGAAAGGAUCCAUGUUUCCAUCUCGAGAUAAGUGAUUAGCGGAAAUAAAGAUCCUCGAACGAGACAAGAGAGACACAUGGGACAGCGUCACA